AUCGGAUUACGUAAUUGGUCUCCUCGCUGUACGAGCGGACGGAUGAUGUUGUAGCGAAGGCAGUGAUUGGCAGCCCCGGAGCGUCUGUAGCCAGAGACCUGCGCUGUGUGAUUUGCCUGUAUGGGACGCAGGCGCAGUGGCGGCUCCUGACUGAGAGCCCUUCGCGCCAUUCCUGGGAGAGGGGACGGGCGCAUGCGCGCUGCGGAGUCACGUGGUGCAGGUAGGGGAAGGCGGACUGCGUGAGGCACCGAAGUCUCCUCAGGAACGGGCUCAGCGCUCCCCAGGCUGGCGGCUUCCCCGAAACCCCCCGACAACGCGACUCCUUCUGCCCCCUCCCAGGACUGCCCCAUUCUCUUCUUGUCAGCGCACCGACACGCCUGCCCCGGUCAUACAGCGAGGGAGUCCGGCGGCCCCGGGACUAGCGCCCCCUGCAGAGAUGAAAGGUAGCCGGAUCGAGUUGGGCGAUGUGACUCCACAUAACAUAAAGCAACUGAAGCGGCUGAACCAAGUCAUCUUCCCCGUGAGCUACAAUGACAAAUUCUACAAGGAUGUGCUGGAAGUCGGAGAGCUCGCCAAACUGGCUUAUUUCAACGACAUUGCUGUGGGUGCAGUGUGCUGUAGAGUGGAUCACUCCCAGAAUCAGAAACGACUAUAUAUCAUGACCCUGGGGUGCCUGGCCCCAUACCGCAGGCUUGGAAUAGGAACAAAAAUGCUGAACCAUGUUUUAAAUAUUUGUGAAAAAGACGGCACCUUCGACAACAUUUAUCUCCACGUUCAGAUCAGCAAUGAAUCCGCCAUAGAUUUUUACAGGAAGUUUGGCUUUGAGAUUAUCGAAACCAAGAAGAACUAUUACAAGAGGAUAGAGCCGGCCGACGCUCACGUCCUGCAGAAAAACCUAAAGAUUUCAUCUCCGGGGCAGAAUGCAGACGUGCUAAAGAGCGAAAACUGAACGGAAAAAGCAACAAACACUUCUCUUGCACUUGCUCGUCGCCAAAUACGGAAAGAGACCCAUUGAGUUUUAUUCUAAACGUUCACCUCUAACAUCCCCCCUUCUUUCUCCACUUUAAAAAUGAUAAAAAAAAAAAAACAGAAAAAAUUGCUUCUUCCAAGAGUUACACAAUCUGUCUCUCUCACACAAACAGGUAUUUCAGUCGGUCGAACUCGGAAUAUUUCCCCGGGGCAGAGUUCAGUUCGGCGGGGGAAUGUGGAUUUCUUUGGCUUUACAAGUUUUUUUGUUUUUGGUUUAUUUUUUCCCCCCCCUUUUGUUUGGGAGAGUGAGUGGCUUCUGUCGGUCUGGAAUAGUCUUUAAAUAAAAUCUCAUUUCUUUUUAGCAUUCUCUUUCAAA